ACAAGCCUAUGAGGACCCAGAAGAAGACCCUAACCUAGAGGGUGAACUGGGAGGUGGUGUCCAUCUUAUUUACUACCGUGAGAUUGCUAAAAUUUGCCUGUCGGAUUUUACCGCGGCGUAAAAAUUUAAAGCAGGCCUUCAGAGAUGAGCAGUUCAGAGGAAGUGUCAUGGAUCUCCUGGUUCUGUGGGCUGAGGGGGAACGAAUUUUUCUGUGAGGUGGAUGAAGAUUAUAUCCAAGAUAAGUUCAACCUGACGGGGCUCAAUGAGCAGGUUCCUCACUACCGCCAGGCCCUGGACAUGAUCCUGGACCUCGAACCAGAUGAGGAGCUGGAGGACAAUCCCAAUCAGAGCGACCUGAUAGAGCAGGCAGCUGAGAUGCUGUACGGCCUCAUCCACGCACGCUACAUCCUCACUAACCGAGGCAUUGCACAGAUGUUGGAGAAGUAUCAGCAAGGAGACUUUGGUUAUUGCCCUCGGGUCUAUUGUGAGAAUCAGCCUAUGCUUCCUAUUGGUCUGUCGGACAUCCCAGGAGAAGCCAUGGUGAAGCUCUACUGCCCUAAGUGCAUGGAUGUUUACACACCUAAGUCCUCCAGGCACCACCACACAGAUGGAGCCUAUUUCGGCACUGGUUUCCCCCACAUGCUCUUCAUGGUUCACCCUGAGUACAGGCCCAAGCGGCCCGCCAAUCAGUUUGUGCCACGGCUGUACGGGUUUAAGAUCCACCCGAUGGCGUAUCAGCUGCAGCUCCAAGCAGCUUCCAGCUUCAAGAGCCCCGUGAAGGCCAUCCGCUAGAUCGUCCAGGACGGAGGAGGAGGAGGAGGAAGAAGAUGAGGAAGAAGUCAGGAAAGAAGAUUUGUCAGAAGGGGAGAGGUCACCUGCAUUUUACAAAGCUCUUCAGGUGCCCCCUCCCCACUUUGAAGACUGUAUUAUUUUGUUUUAGAUUAGGGCAAAUGAAAACAAAGAUUUUUGAGUGUGAGCGAGACAUAAAAAUGCACAGCCAUGACCUUCACCACAAACACACAUAUACACACACACACACACACAUGCACACACAAACGCAGCCACACACUUCCAUGCACGGACCUUUCCAAACUCAUCAGUGCAGAACACAGGAGGUGAAGGAAGAGAAAGGUGAACAAUGCUGCCGUUCACUCCCAACUCGCUGAUAAGGAAAAUUGUCGUAUCAGUGGGCGUCGAGCGGGACGAUUUCCCUGUAGAGAGCGGUCUUACGUGCAGGAGUUUUUGCACAGAAAACUGAGACGUGUCAGUUUUCACCUCUGGCUUUGUGUUUCUUCUGUAUUUGGCACAGUUUGGUUAAAGGUGGUGGUCACUGGAAGCUCCCUGCCUCAACUUCCCAUCAGCCCCUCCCCCAUGCAUGUCCACUUAGGCCGCCACUCGCACAGACAGUUAGGACUGUUUUGUUUUUGUUUUUUUCUUCCUUCAUAUUCAUGUGUCAAUCAUUUGGUUUCAUUUUGGUCUAAGUUUUUUUGUGAUAGUGUUACAGUUCCCUGUCAGUUCUCUGGUAAAGUUACUGAACAGAUCUAACGAGCAUGUACAGGCAAAAUUAAUUGGUUUAGGAAUCCUGGUCUGCCUGAAAUUAAUUAAAA